GCCAAGCGGAAGCCUGGGGUUGGUUGACCAGGCUGUGAUUGACGGACAGCGGGGCGAGCUGCGCGACCAGCGGUUUGUUUUUUCGGAGCGUUCCUGAGGUGGAGAACUGCAACCGGACUGACCGACGGAGGAGAGACCCGGGAACUGAGUGACUGAGGGAACGAGCCGGGCUGGACUAGGUCCGGUCUGGGAUGUAGCAGGUCGACCUGCCCAUGCCCCAGCGCCCGGCCGGAGCCGGAGCCGGAGCCGGAGCCGGAGCCGGGGGAUGUGGCGGAGGCCUUGAGCGCCGCCUGCACCCCCUGCCCGGAACCAGGCCCGCAGCCCUCGGCAUGCAGCUCCAGCUGCGGAGGUGACACCCCGGAGUCGAGGAGCCGACCCCGCGGCGGCUGCCGCCGCCUCCGCCACCAUGGAUGAACAGGAGGCAUUGAAUUCAAUCAUGAAAGAUCUGGUGGCUCUCCAGAUGGGCCGACGUCACAGGCUGCCUGGCUUUGAGACCAUGAAGAGCAAAGAUACUGGCCACCCAAAUAGACAGAAAAAACAUAACAGCAGCAGCUCAGCCCUCAUGAACAGCCCCACAAUAACAAGUCCAUGUGCAGGGGCCAGUGAAGAAAAGAAAAUAUCGAGUGAUGUAAGGAUCAAGUUUGAGCACAGUGGGGAAAGGCGAAUUAUACCAUUUAGCCGUCCUGUGAGAUAUGAAGACGUGGAACAAAAGGUGAAGACAGCAUUUGGGCAACCUCUAGUUCUCCAUUAUAUGAAUAAUGAGCUUUCCAUCCUGCUGAAAAAUCAAGAUGAUCUUGAUAAAGCAAUUGAUCUUUUGGAUAGAAGCUCAAGUAUGAAAAGCCUUAGAAUAUUGCUGCUGUCCCAAGAUAGAAACCAUACCAGUUCCUCCCCCCAUCUUGGAGUGCCCAAGCAGGUCCGGAUCAAAGCUUCCCAGUCUAUGGGGGAUGUAAAUACCAUCUAUCAGCCUCCAGAGCCCAGAAGCAGGCAUCUCUCUGUCAGCUCCCAGAACCCUGGCCGAAGCUCACCUCCCCCAGGUUAUGUACCAGAACGUCAACAGCGCAUUGCACGACAGGGAUCUUACACCAGUAUUAACAGUGAAGGAGAAUUUAUUCCAGAGACCAGUGAACAAUGUAUGCUGGAUCCCCUAAGCAGUGCCGAGAACUCCGUGUCAGGAAGUUGCCAGUCCUUGGACAGAUCAGCAGAUAGCCCAUCCUUUCGCAAAUCUCGGAUGUCUAGAGCCCAGAGUUUCCCAGAUAACAGACAAGAAUACUCAGAUCGUGACACUCAGCUCUAUGACAAAGGGGUGAAGGGUGGAACAUAUCCCCGUCGUUAUCAUGUCUCUGUUCAUCACAAGGACUACAAUGAUGGCCGGAGAACAUUUCCCCGGAUAAGGCGACAUCAAGGGAACCUAUUCACAUUAGUCCCCUCCAGUCGGUCCCUGAGCACCAAUGGAGAGAACCUGGGCCUAGCAGUGCAAUACCUGGACCCCCGAGGGCGUCUGUGGAGUGCUGACAGCGAAAAUGCCCUCACCGUGCAGGAGAGGAGUGUGCCAACCAAGUCUCCAAGUGCUCCCAUAAACUGGCGUCGGGGGAAGCUCUUGGGUCAAGGUGCCUUUGGCCGAGUCUAUCUGUGUUAUGAUGUGGAUACUGGACGGGAGCUUGCUUCUAAGCAGGUCCAGUUUGACCCAGACAGUCCUGAAACAAGCAAGGAAGUAAGUGCCCUUGAGUGUGAAAUCCAGUUGUUGAAGAACUUGCAGCAUGAUCGCAUCGUGCAAUACUAUGGCUGUCUCCGUGAUCGCUCUGAGAAGACCCUGACCAUCUUCAUGGAGUACAUGCCAGGGGGCUCCGUGAAAGACCAGCUGAAGGCCUACGGUGCUCUCACCGAGAGCGUGACCCGCAAAUACACACGGCAGAUCCUAGAAGGUGUUUCCUACCUGCACAGCAACAUGAUUGUGCAUCGAGACAUCAAAGGAGCCAACAUCCUCCGGGAUUCUGCUGGGAAUGUGAAGCUUGGGGACUUUGGGGCCAGCAAACGACUGCAGACCAUCUGCAUGUCAGGGACAGGGAUUCGUUCCGUCACAGGCACGCCAUACUGGAUGAGCCCAGAGGUGAUAAGUGGAGAAGGCUAUGGAAGGAAAGCAGAUGUGUGGAGCUUGGGCUGCACUGUGGUAGAGAUGCUGACAGAGAAGCCUCCGUGGGCAGAGUAUGAAGCAAUGGCAGCCAUUUUCAAAAUUGCCACACAGCCCACCAACCCCCAGCUCCCCUCACAUAUCUCUGAGCAUGGCCGGGACUUUCUGCGGCGAAUCUUUGUGGAGGCCCGCCAGAGACCUUCAGCUGAGGAACUGCUUACACACCACUUUGCACAGCUCGUGUACUGAACUCAUGCAUCCACACUGAUGUUGGACCUUGGCUCCCUGGGGGUGGGGUCACAAGAGGGACUUGGUGAGGUUGCUGCUUCUCCCUUCCAAGUCUCCCUUCUUCCUGGGUAGCUGCAGAGCCAGAAGAGGGUGUCUGUGACCCCAGCAGUGGGGAAUUCCCCCAUGCCUGUCAGACUGGAGGGACCCAGGUGUCCCCAUGCUCAGAGAGUGGUGUGAAUAUCUGUAUUGCUCUGGCCUUAAGAGCUCUUUGGGUCUCUUCUUCCUCCCCUCCACCUUCCCUCUGAGCUGCAUUCACUUGCUCUGUGUUUGGCACCAGAGUUCACAUUGGUGCUGAGGACACACUGGCUUGGAAGGAUGUGAAUAGUGUUAUUUUUAUUCAGAGUGUUAUUUUGUUUCCUCUCCCAAUGUCUGGAGACACUAGAGGAUGUUCCCCCACCUGGCCCACUUGGGCUCCAGCAAAGAGACGGGCCGGGACCCUGGGGCGAAGUCCACUGUUUCUCCAGCCAAUGGGGGGUGGAGGCUGGUGCUGCCUCUGUCCCCAGGAGGGCUCUGUACCAGGUUUGCCAAUCCCACCUCUUUACCAAAGAUGGACAAAAUGCUCUGCUGCCUUAUUCAGGGAGAGGGGAUGCCUGCCCUGCCCUGCCCUGUGAUGUGCACCUUUCCACCUCCUCCCCAUGGGAUUCACGAGGAGCUGCUGGAGGUGGGAGGAGAGGGGUGGCACAAUUUUUGUCAAUGCAAUUGUUUCUUUUACAAACUGGGGUAGGGUGGGGUGAGGUGGGGUUCUCUGUCAAGGGUUACACCAUAUUUCUAAAUUGGUGCCCACUCCUGCCUCUUCCCACCUUCACCCGGGGCUGCUGUGGAGCAAGAAGCCAGAGUCUAGGGCAGAAACAGGCAGGAAUUCGAAGUUCUGUGCUGCCGGGCUCCGCCCCUUCUCAGAGAGAAGGGGUGACUAGAUGCAUUUCCUUUUCUGCUCAGGGGCCCGGGUAGCUGAGUAGGGUCACAAUAACUUGCUUUCUAAAGCCCCUGAGGGGAGCUCUUCAAUAAACCUAGGAAGAAUUCAGUUCCAUGAUAAAAAUGGAUAGUGGCCCUGCUGGGAUAGAGCCAGCUAAGCUUGGUGCCCAGGAGGGCCCAAGUGCUGCUGCCAUCUGUGCUCAGAACCAUUGGCACCAAUGACAUGCCCUGCCCAUUUCUGUGAAGUGACCCUUGGCCCUCAAGAGUGGCAAUGGGAUGGGAGAAGUAACAUCUCUGAGCAGCUUCAAGCGGCUGUAAAUACCUCAGCCUGGGCCUUGUCCCUUCUUCCCCACAACAUGUGCCUAAUGCGAAAGCCCCUCCCUUGACACCCAUGUUCCUUAGAAUUUGUCAUUGAAUGGAAAGGGAAAAAAAUGCCAGGUGACAGGGGCUUAUCUCCAGAGACAGACGGGGUGUUAGCAGUCGGCGGCUCAGUGCCCAGCCAUGCCUGUCUCCCCACAGGCACCAUAACAAUCCAAAGCCUUCGUUGUAUGUUGACAAUGCACUUUUAUGAAUGUAGUUUCUAUCGCUCUUUUUAGCCUUUUCACAUCAUGUAAUGUGAGGCCUUGUACUUGUUAAUUUAUAUCUCAGAUCAUAUUUGAUGGUUUUUAUAUAUAGCGAUUCUAGACUGUUACAGGUGACUGUUGCCUCAAGGGAGAGAAGAGAAAAUGAAAGCAGCCGGUUUUGCAGAGAAAUUUGCUGGUGGUUUGUGCCAAAUGGUGCCUAUGGGGCCUGGGCCUCUCUCUGUUUCCUUCCCUUUCUGCCCACUGGGACUCCUGUCCUCACCUCUGGGGCUAGUAAGAUAUAUUAUGCCUCCCUCAUUUACCAGCGUCCCCACCACUACCACCACCAUUUCCACCCCUGCCUCUGUCCUCUCCCAAGACUUAGACUGGGGACCUUUAUCCUGACCAAAGCUACUUUGCGGUAGCUUGGCUUUUCCCUCUCAGCCUUCGUUCCAUAAAGAACUUCUCACUUGAGGUGAAUUCCCUGCAGUGAAUCCUUCCUCUCCCCACUCUACCCCCCCCAAAAAAAAUCCUUUCCAGCACAUCUCUAGCCCUUUAUCCAAACACUCCUUGGGAGGAAACAGAAUUUAGGCACUGGCGUUGGUGAGACGAUUCUGCAUAUUCCAGGUUCAGACUCUCUCUGGGGUUCCAUACCAACCCCACAGUAACUACCUGACAGAAAACUUUUAAAAAAUUUUUAAACAAACCCUGAAACUCCCCACCCCACAAAAAAAAAAACAACCCACCAAUACAACACUUGAUUUUUGUGCCAAAAACUGUGGAUAUGCUAGCCCAACAGCCUCAGGAUUGAGCGAUUGCUUAAUUUAUUAUUUUUUUAUUAAAUUAUCCAGAUGGAAAAACUGUGGGGGCAUAGGAUUGUCCUGAGCCCUAGGAGUAUCAGGUGCCCCCUGCCCUUUAGCCCUGGCCACUGUGGGCUCUGCCAAAGGGCUGGGCAGCUCCAGUGCAGGGUGCCACCAUCCUCUCAUCAUUCAAUAGAGCCUUCCUGCUCUGGGCUGCCAGCAGAGGCCCAGGACUGAGGCUGGUUCUUGGUCACCCUCUUGUGCACACAUCAGAGGAGCAGCCAAGUGUCUGAAUGUGGAUCGUGCAGAAGAACUUGCAGCCAUAGUUUAUUUUGACUAUAUCCCGACUGAGGGCUUGCAGUGCAAAGCCAGGCCAGUGUAGCGUGUUACUUACAAUAAA